UGAUUCCUUCCUUGUCCUGGGCCUUGUAAAAGCAAUCUGUUAUUAAUAGAAACUUGAAUCGUGCGACAUUUAACCCGUUGAUGAUAGCUGUGGAGAUACUGGCUAGUAUCUCCACAGUUCGUACCAUUUUCCCGCCUUUAUCUUGGGGAAGUGACUUUGUAGGAGGUCUUUUCCUCUAAUCGGUCACGGAAUGAAAUUUUAAAAAACUUCGCAUUGUUAACGGAGAGCCUUGCUGAAAGUGUUGGGGUGAAAAAAAAAAAAAACCGGGAUGUUUUGAUGAGCGGGAUGUCGAUUUCCUUUUUCUUUGCUGACUCUUGGCACUUGUGGGAACCGUCAACAUUUUUAGAGAAGAAUAUUGUCUGCUAUCGUAGAGACGCAUUUGAAAAUUAGGCUACAACAUUCUGAGCUUGGAAAAGAGAACAAGCGCGGAUCUGAACCAAUGAUGCUAGGUUCACCAACAUCUCCAAAGCCAGGGGUUAAUGCCCAGUUCUUACCUGGAUUUUUAAUGGGGGAUUUGCCAGCUCCAGUAACUCCACAACCUCGAUCAAUCAGUGGCCCUUCAGUAGGAGUAAUGGAAAUGAGAUCACCUUUACUUGCAGGUGGGUCACCACCACAACCAGUUGUACCAGCUCAUAAAGAUAAAAGUGGAGCUCCACCAGUUAGAAGUAUCUAUGAUGAUAUUUCCAGCCCAGGACUUGGAUCAACACCUUUAACUUCAAGAAGACAGCCAAAUAUUUCAGUAAUGCAGAGUCCUCUUGUUGGAGUUAUGACAACUACUUCUACUCCUGGAACAGGACAAAGUGUGUUUAGUCCAGCAAACAUUGGUCAACCACGAAAGACAACAUUAUCUCCUGCACAGUUGGAUCCUUUUUAUACUCAAGGAGAUUCUCUGACUUCUGAAGAUCACCUCGAUGACACUUGGGUGACUGUGUUUGGGUUUCCUCAAGCAUCUGCUUCCUAUAUAUUAUUACAGUUUGCACAGUAUGGGAAUAUCUUAAAACAUGUGAUGUCUAACACAGGAAAUUGGAUGCAUAUUCGUUAUCAAUCUAAACUGCAGGCCCGGAAAGCCUUAAGCAAAGAUGGGAGGAUUUUUGGAGAGUCCAUCAUGAUUGGUGUAAAGCCAUGUAUAGAUAAAAGUGUUAUGGAAAACAAUGACAGGUGUGCUUUAUCAUCUCCAUCUCUAGCCUUUACACCACCAAUCAAAACCUUAGGUACACCAACCCAACCUGGAAGUACUCCUAGGAUUUCUACCAUGAGACCUCUUGCUACAGCAUACAAAGCUUCUACUAGUGACUAUCAGGUUAUUUCUGACAGACAAACGCCAAAAAAAGAUGAAAGUCUGGUAUCCAAAGCAAUGGAGUACAUGUUCGGCUGGUAGCAUAGUACAAGCUAAGAGCUCACCUACCGUGGAGGAGGCUGCUGCACUAAAACAGCAGAGUACUGCUGGCUUCCCUUUUGGUUAGUUGUAUAACCACUCAAGGCAGUACUGGGUAGCUAUCUCAUACUUUCUUUAGAAACCUUUUUCUUUAAGGACACAGCAUAUUUGUAGCUCGCACUUUAAAAGAUGCUUGAGAUAUAUUUUAAAGAAACAAAAAAAUCCCUGUAAACAGGAUUUUGUGCUUUCUGUGACAGUGCAUGCUUCAGCACAAAAACUCAGCAUUGAUUACCGUAAAUUAUCUAAUUGAAUUUGUGGUGAAGCCUUGUAGUCUUCAUGAGUUGGUGGGGUGAAUUUCAUGAAGGGUAACUGGUACAGCUCCUUCGGACAAGACACAAAGAUUAUAAUAAAUAAUUUGAAUUAUGGUCUUUUAAUUUAGAUAGUAUUUAAUAUUUUAAUUAUCCUUGUUUAUGUAUGUCCUGUCGUAGAUUGUCAUCCUUCAGUAUUCUAAAACCAAAACAGUCUUUUUAAAAACUUAACUAAAGUUUCUUGAUAAUAAACUUUGUCAAUUAUACAUAUUGAA